UAAUUAUAUGACAAGUUUUUAAAAGCGAAGGAGCUCAAGUUUCCUCGACCUCCAUUAAUGAGAUCGAGCUUGACAUCCGCCUCGAGAGCCUAAUGGGGAAGAAGCUAGGCUUGGGCUCGCUCUUCUUCAAGCUGAGGGACUCGCCGAGGCCCUCUGCUCGCCUCUCUCCUCCCUCUCCUUGGCAUUUUUGCAAACACCCAAAGACGACUUCCUUCCGCGACGCCGGCGCCGGCGACGGGGUGUUCAAGACGGUGAACUCGGUCUAUAUCGAAUCCAACGACUCCUGCUUCACGUCCGACCACGAGUGGAGCUUCUCCACGGCGUCGUCGGACUCCGCCGUGGGCGAGUCGUCGGAGACGGUGGUGCGGCGGAGGCGGUCGGACCGGCUCUUCUUCGACCGGGGCGGCGGCACGAGGUCGAUCAUGGAGGAGGCCAAGGCGGAGGCAGAGGAGCCGUUCGAGGACAGCGUGGCGCUGGUGGUGAAUUCGGAGGACCCGUACGGUGACUUCCGGCAGUCGAUGGAGGAGAUGGUGUCGGCGCACGGCCUCGGCCGAGACUGGGAGCAGCUGGAGGAGCUGCUGGUGUGGUACCUGAGGCUGAACACGAAGGAGACGCAUCGACUCAUAGUGGGAGCCUUCGUGGACUUGCUCGUAGCCAUCAAUGCUUCCUCCUCCUCCAUUUCGUCGUCCUCCUCCUCCUCCUCCUCCUCUUCUUCCAGUUCUUUCAAGAUUGAAGGAAUAACAGAGGAGGAUACCAACGAGCCAAGUUCUUCAUCAUCAUAUCCUUAACUCCACAAAAUCCCUCACACUGUAUAUUUGCUAGAUUUUUCUCAUUAACUAAGCCCAUAUUUUUGAUCGGAGAAGACAAUUAAGCGCGCUCGUAUCCAAUUAUAGCAGUAGAUGAAACUGCUGUAGUUGGAGAUUGCUUGGGUGUUCUUGGUGUCAGGUUUAGCAAGUCACAAGUAUCUAUCAUAAUUUUCAUAAAUUAUACUU